AUGGAAAUUAUCAUCGGAGGAGGAAAAUGUGCCGAGAGAUCGUGCUUGGUAUUUGCCAAUAUUCCCGUGACGAAUCCUAAUAAACCAACGAAAUUGCGAAUCGUCUGGGAUGCUGCAGCCAAAGCCCAUGGAGUAUCGCUAAAUACUUUUCUACUUAAAGGACCCGACCAGUUAACAUCCUUACCUGGAGUCCUCCAUCGCUUCCGGAAGUAUCGAAUAGCGGUUUCAGGAGACAUAUGUGAGAUGUUCCACCAGGUACAAAUUAACAAUGAUGAUCAGCACUGCCAGAGGUUUUUAUGGAAAAGUGGACCUCAAGAUCAAACACCAUCGGUGUACGUGAUGACUGUUAUGACGUUUGGUGCAACAUGUUCUCUUAGCUGUGCCCAAUACGUGAAAAACAAGAAUGCUGAACGUUUCGUGCACAAGAUGCCUGCGGCUGUCGAUGCCAUCAUUAACGAACACAAUGUGGACGAUAUGCUAUCCAGCGUAGAGACGGAAAAGGAAGCUGUUGAUCUUGCAACAAAUGUCCGCUUCAUUCAUGCACAAGCGGGAUUCGAGAUACGUGGAUGGCUUUCUAAUUCCAAUGAAGUGCUAGCUGCUUUAAACGGACCCCAAACUUCGGAGAAGGAUCUGAACGUAAAUUCUCAGAUGGCAACCGAAAAGAUUCUUGGGCUGUGGUGGAAUACAAAGACCGACACUUUCACCUUCAGAUUUCCCAAGAGAGCAGAUGUGAAAUUUUUAUCCGGCCAGACAAUCCCUACGAAGCGUGAAGUCUUGCGAGUCCUGAUGUCCAUCUUCGAUCCACUAGGAUUUCUCGCCAACGUACUAAUGUACUUAAAAGUUCUUCUACAGGAGAUAUGGCGUGCCGGUACGGCAUGGGAUGAGCCAAUAGCUAAUGAGCAAUUCGUGAAAUGGCGUACGUGGCUUGGAGUUUUGACGAAGGUGGACACCGUUUCUAUUCCGAGGUGCUAUCGUGUCAAAACUUCAUCAAUGGAAUCAAAUAAACUGCAACUCCAUAUCUUCGUCGACGCGAGUGAAAAUGGAUUUGCAGCUGUCGGCUAUUUUCGAUAUGAAGAGCAAGGAGUAACUGAGUGUGCAUUCGUGGCUGCGAAAACACGCGUUGCACCCCUGAAAUAUGUUUCCAUACCUCGACUGGAAUUGCAGGCUGCGGUGAUUGGAGCGCGGUUGGCAAAGACGAUAGUGGAACGUCACCGCGUGACAAUCAAUGAACGCUUUUUUUGGACAGACUCGCGGGACGUACUCUGUUGGCUAAAUUCGGACCAUCGUCGCUAUAGCCAAUUCGUUGCAUUUCGUAUAGGAGAGAUUUUGGAGAAUACGGACGUUUCUGAAUGGCACUGGUUAUCAACGCAGAUGAAUGUGGCAGACGAAGGUACUAAGUGGCAAAAAUUACCAGAUCUUUCUCCGUCCAGUAGAUGGUUCCGUGGUUUGUCGUUCAUCUGGAUGCAUAAGCACGAGUGGCCAGAUCUGCGAGGACAUGUGGGAUCGACGUCAGUAGAACUGAGACACUCAGUGAAUCUCCAUCAACAUGAAGCAGUAUUGGUGAACUUUUCGGAUUUUUCCAAUUGGAAACGACUACUACGUUUGGUUGCUCUCGUGUUUCGUUUCGCUCACAACUUAAAAGCCAAACUUAAUGCAACGUCACCAACUGUUAAAGCACUGCGAACCGAAGAACUUCAAAUUGCAGAAAGCUAUAUUUUUCGGCAAGUUCAGUUAGCAGCAUAUUCUGAAGAAAUGGCUAUAGUGGCAAAGUCAGCCGAAACGAGCCGAUUUAAGUUGCCGUCGAAUAGUACAAUAUGUGGCUUGUCACUAUACUUGGACGAUCGAGGGCUAUUGCGAAUACGAGGAAGAGAGACCACCCUGUUACUACACUUAUCGUACGCUCGGUACACGAUCGAUAUCACCACCUUAACCAUGAGACUGUCGUGA